CCACGCCCACCACGCAGCCACGCCCAAGCGUCUGACGUCAGCACGCCUGCGUCGCGGCGCGGCGCUGACUGGGGGCCCGGCUUUCGCCCGCUGCUGCCGCCGCCGCCGCCGCCGGCCGCGGCUGCUCUCCCAAGAUGGCGGCUCAUCCGGGCGAGUAUUUCAGCGUCGGGAGCCAGGUGUCGUGCCGGACGUGCCAGGAGCAGCGGCUGCAGGGAGAGGUGGUAGCCUUCGACUACCAGUCCAAGAUGCUGGCUUUAAAAUGUCCCUCAUCCAGUGGAAAGCCCAACCACGCAGACAUCCUGCUCAUAAACUUACAGUACGUUUCAGAAGUGGAAAUAAUUAAUGACCGAACAGAAACUCCUCCUCCCCUAGCUUCACUCAAUGUUAGUAAGCUUGCCAGCAAAGCACGGACGGAGAAGGAGGAGAAGCUGAGCCAGGCCUAUGCAAUCAGCGCUGGUGUCUCCGUCGAGGGCCAGCAGCUCUUCCAGACCAUCCACAAGACCAUUAAAGACUGUAAAUGGCAAGAAAAAAACAUCGUAGUCAUGGAAGAAGUUGUUAUUACACCCCCCUAUCAAGUGGAAAACUGUAAAGGCAAAGAGGGGAGUGCACUGAGCCAUGUACGCAAAAUAGUGGAAAAGCAUUUUAGAGACGUGGAAAGCCAAAAGGUCCUGCAGCGCUCACAAGCCCAGCAACCACAGAAGGAGGCUGCCCUGUCGUCCUGAGGCCAUGCGGCGGGGACCUCGGCACCCAGCGCACGGUGGCGGCUCACGGAGGCAGGCCGGGGAGGGGAGGGACCUCAUGUUUCCUGCUGGCUCCUGCUCCCGGGGGCCAGCGCGUCCAGUCUUAGACUUGAACAGACAAACACCCAACAAAA